AUGGGCUGCACGCAGUCAAAGGGGGCCACCAAAGACCCGCGAAAACCCGCCGGCGCGGCGUACCGUCGCAACAGUCGGAACAGGGGUGAUGUACCGGAUCAUGUGCCAGAGGGGAGCGACAUUGAGCCCUUUGCUCCCAGCCCAUCGCUUCGAAAGUGGUACGACACGCAGCUCGAGGAGGGGCGCAAAUACUUCCGCACACCGUCACCUCCAGAGGUCAAGACACCCCCUCCCGGUGUCACCAAAAAGAAGAAGAAGCAGGCUGGUGCAAAUUUGCCAACAAAGCAGAAGAUGCUGACACUCUACCAUGUGGCACCCCUGAAGCAUGUGGUUGGGAAGGGACAGUACAGUCAGGUGAUGCUGGCCGAGAUGACGGUGCGCACAACAACCGCGGAUGCAUUAGUCAAGGAUGCCAUUGAGGUACAAAACAAAGGCAAGCUGGCCCGUGGCUCUCCAUCUGAAACAGGGAAAGGUGGGCAGGAAGUAGUAGCGACGGGGCCCAAGUACCUCAUUUCAUGCAAGGAAUACGAGUUGGUGGGGGAAAGCACUUCUUUUGUGUUCAACCGACUGCGGGACGAAGUACACCGCCUCGCACGCCUCUCGUUCAGCUCACGUUUGUUAAAGGUGCUACAGAUGGAGAGCGUGUAUGAGAAUUCAAAGGAGGGCGGUGCCAAUGUCCUCAGUGGGCCGGAGCAUCUGGCAAAGGGCCGGAGUAAUGUCCUGGCGGCUGCUUCUGGUGGCCGGCAGGCUACGCGGAAACUCAGUGGUCGUCUUGCAGGACAAGCGCCACACCAGCCACCCGACAAGGUGCGUAUCUACAUGGAGUACGCCAAGUAUGGCACACUACAGAACGCGCUGCUCACGGAGAUCCCUAAGAAGUUUGGUAAGACGUACAUGCAUGAGCUUACAGCAAGAGCAUAUCUCCGCGAGGUCCUUGUGGCAUUAGCAUUUCUCCACGAGAAUAACACGGCCCACACAGAUUUGUGCGCCAAGAAUGUGUACAUCAUGAACAACAUCGGUAGCGUGUACGCCACAUGCUUCCCAGCAUACAUCGCCGACCUCCCUGCUGGGCGGUUCGCCAAGGUUCCGGCAGGAUGGGUCCGUCGCGUGCUGGCACUCAUGGACCCUGCGAGCAUGCAGCCCCAGUAUAACGUAGAGUUUGUAGGGUCGAUUCUGAAUGACAGUAUCGUGUCACAUCUUGGCUGGAACCCAAAUGAUGAGACGUCAAGGGCAAACGGCCCUGGUGACGCGGAGCCGAUCACAGCAGAAAAAGCAGCACCAACACAACCGCCAUCAGAGGGGAACAAGAAAGCCACCAAUGCAAAUGCCCCCGCGGAGGAGAACGAAGUGGAUGAUGAAGGGUGCCGUUGGGUGGAUGACGAAGUCAAACUAUACCUGCAGGGAAACGACUAUACCGAUGACGAUACUCUGCCACUUCCCUCACCUGGCUCUAGUGUGGGCCCAACUAACGUUUUCAAGAGUCCUAACUCGGAAGGACUAACAAUCGUGCACACUGGCUCCUUCUUUCGGUCACCACCAAUGCAGACCUGGCUGCUGCCGCCGCACCCGUACAGUUCAGUGACAUCAGCGGAUUGUGGAGGUGCUGUGCAGAACAAUAAUAGCAUUAGUAGGUCGGUAGGGGAUCCAGUUGGAGACAGUUUAGGCCCUUCCAGUGGUGACCUUGCUCCGUCGGCUGGUGGACACGCUGAGCAUGGCGAGGCCAGCCUAGCGGUACGCUCAGGAAGACGGCGCCCGCGCAAACCCCUGAUUAAGUUGGGUCACUACGGCCUGAUACGCUCCAUCCUCGUCGGCGAUGGGGAAGGCACGGCUCACAAGUUGGGCUGUGUGACGCAUUUGGCCCCGGAGGUCAUGCGACGCGCGCCCUUCACACCGGAGAGUGACAUCUACGCCUUUGCCAUGAUGUUUAUUGAAUUGACAACUCCCAACGGCGACGUAUUCGCGGACCUUCGCCCAAAGAACAUGCCGUUGCCACACACACGAGAGGAGAAGACCGCAUACGACUCACAGUGGCUGGUGAACAUCAAACGAUAUCUCAUGCAGCACGACAACGUGGUGCCGCUGCCGCCGCAGCUGUCGGACGAGUGCAAGGCGAUGCUGCGGCAGUGCCUCAGGUAUGACCCAACGAAACGACCAACGGCGGUGGAGCUGCUGCAAACGAAAUACUUCUUGCUGGGCCACUGGGUCAACGUGGCGACGAAGGAAGAACGCAUGGAGGCUCCGUGGCUCGACACGAACUACGAGGCGGCGGCGCAGGCCUCGGGGCUGCCGCGACUGCCGUCGGAAAUUACUUUCUACCAAACGAGGGCGGUGCUGCGCUCGGCAUUGGGGAAAAAAAACGGCGACGCGAAGCAGACGGCGGACCGCACGUGA